AUGACAUCAAAGAUCAUUACAAUAGUGGGAGCUACACGCACCCAAGUCGGGGGCAUCAUUGACUUUCUAGUGGGCAACCCAGAGUACAAGCUUCGUGGCCUCACUCGCAAACCGGCAAGUGCCUCGGCGCAGGAAUUGAAGGCCAAGGGAGUUGAAGUCGUAAAGGCUGACCUGAAUGACCUUAACUCACUGCAUGCUGCUUUCUCUGGAUCUUACGGAGUGUACGGCGUGACAGACAUGCCAGGAAUGCGGGCAGAACUCGGAGACAACGAUGCCGCCAUCGCUGCAGAAGAGAGACAGGGCAUCAACAUCGCCAAAGCCUGUCUCGAGACCCCAGGCCUGCAGCACUUCAUCUGGAGCACCCUGCCGGACUCCGUGGGACUCAGCAACGGGACCUUCGACCUGCCCAACUUCCGAGGCAAGGUCGCCGUCGACAACUUCAUCCGCGCCCACAGCGAGCUCCUCGCCAAGACCACGUUCUUCUUCAUCUCGCAGUAUGCGAGCAACUACAACUACGGUCCCCUGGCGCCACACCUGAUCCCGGGCGCGGGUGACGGGAAGGGCGACACGUACGUCCAGUUUGUGACGCACCCGCCCGACACGCCAAUUACGACCAUCGGCGAUGUGCGCCGCAACAUCGGCCCCUUUGUAGCUGCGAUCUUGGCGCAGCCGGAGAAGACCCGCGGCGGCACCACUGUGCUAGCCCACGUCGAGGUCGUGCCCGCCGAGGAGUCACUGCAGAUGUGGGCUGACGCGCGUGGAGUCCGAGCGAUCAGUAUCCCGGUGUCUGCCGAGAAGCUUACCGAGCUGUUCGGGUCGUUUGACUUCUUGGGACUCAUGUGGCGAUUCUGGGCUGCGCUUGGGGAUAGGGCCUGGGGUCUUCCAAGUGGUGGGAAGGUAGUGACGAAGGACGAUCUGGGGGUUACCGGGCUGAUCGGGCAGGCAGAGAGCUUCCUCCUUAAAAUGCAGGGUUGA